AUGCAAUUCAAUUCAAGAUUAUCUAUGGGUAUUAUUUUUCAAUAAGGUUUAAUAAGAAUUUCAAAAAGAUAACUCAAAUUAAGUUAGCAAAUCAAUAGAGCAAAGUAGCAGUAUCAUAUAAAUUAUUAUGAAAAGCAAGUGCAUAUUUUUUUUUAAGGUAAUAAAAAAGAUCAAAGAGAAGAAAGGAUGAGUAUUGACACCAUAUAAAACUUAAAAGCUUAGCUGGCAGAUUAAAAUGGUCAAUAAUAUUAAGAAAUGAGAGGGGACACCUUUUAAAAUUUAGACUUUAAGAAUCAAAACCACCACGAAUAAAGAUAAGCAAAUAACUUAUCUUCUAAUAUAAGACAAGAGUUUGCCAAAGUUACUUAAAUGAAUGCAAAAUAUGAAAAUUAAAUUUCUUAGAAGCAAGAAAUACUUUCUUAGAAAUAAAUAGAAGAUCUAAUACGUGAAUCUUUCAUUGAAGACCAGUAAGAAAAAUUGAACAAAUAUCUGAAUUAUGAAUAGAAUGGUUUUACACAAAAUUAAGCUUAAAAAAAUAUGAGUGUUAUUAAUUUAUAAAAAAAUUUAGAAUGGAUUGUUUAGAAUUACCCUGAUUUAGACAAAGUUAUCAAGCCUCUUCCAAUAAAGAAAGACAGUAUCAGCUCAGUAAAUAUCUCUAGAGUUAUGAGGCAUGAAUCAACUGAUUUUAUUCUUAAUGAAAAAUCAAAUGAAACUGAAUUAGCUCAAUUAAAAAUGAUGAAAGAUAUUUUGGAUGGAUAGCAAACAGUUAAAUCGGGACUUCCAAUAGAAAACAACUAUCAACAAAAUAGAAACUAGCAUUUUGAUAGAAAAUUUAGUACAUUAAAACCUUAAGAAUUCUAAGAUAAGCUAGCUUAAAUAUAAUAAUAAGAAAAGGAAAAGACUCCAUCAUCAUAAAUUUCCACUUAAAAUUUAAGAAUGUAAAGAGAUCAUAAACAAUAAUCAGGUUCUAUCCACAAAGAUGCUUAUAAUAUAUCUAAUUAAUAGACAGAAUCUUAAAAAUAAUAUCCUUUGAGGCACUCAGCAACACAAUUUUAUACAAAUAGCCACAAAAAAAAUUUUGGAGAUAAUAUUUUUUAUUGUGAUGAUAAUAAUGAAGAUUUCAACAGUAAGCAGAUAAAAAAUUAAUUUUAAGCAGGAUCUUAAAGCACAAGAAACUUUUAAAAUUCUUCUAACAUUACAGGAAAAAGAUCUCCUUCAUAUGCUUUUUCGAAAACCCCUAAGGUAUCUGUCUUUAGUUAGCAAAUAAAACUCACAGAAAAUAAUAAAUACAAUAAAUACUAAUGA